GUCCUUGCACUUGCAAGACAGGCAGUGGAACCACUGAGAUAAAUCCCUAGCCCUAGCAUUUCUUAAAACCUUUAGUGUUGGACCAUGUAAGUAAACACUGACAGGCCAGAUAAAGUUGCAGCUAUUAACUCGUGGCAAAACAAAGGCAUUUUCCUAAAACCGACUGACUGAAAUACUAAACGGGUUGCCCUGAAACAAAGCGUUGCUUUUAGCAUCAGCUGGGAACUCUCCAAACGGCCAGCAGAUAGGACUGGCUCGCCUGAAAAGCCAGCCUUUAAAGCUCACUCUAGCUGAUGGGCCUUCACAGAUUGAAGUUGCCCUAGGAUACAGCCUUUGUUUUGCCUCAUUGUCCCCAGAGUCUCUCACGGGGAGGGAGGCAGAUCUCUCCUGCUAGCAUGUCUCAGAGUUGGCUCAUGGAUCAUACUUAGUAGACCUGAAUGCAUCAUCUUUUUGAGAUUUUAGGAAAGCAAAGACACUGGGAUUUGCAUUUAGCAAAUGUUUUCAGGUCUUUUCGCUUUAUUUUGUUUUUUUGAAGACAGGGUCUCACUAUGUAGCCCGGGCUUGCUUCCAACUCCUGGGGAUCCUCCUGCCUCAGCCUCCAGAAUGCUGGGAUUACUGGCAUGUGCCACAACUCCUAUUUCAGUUACAGACACACAGAUGUAAGGCCUGGGCCUGGUGCCGGUGCCCUGUCCCUCUGUGCCUCAGCCUCCAGCUGGGCUCGUGUGUUCCCAGCCUCUGCCAAGGGCCUCUGCCUCCUCCUUGGCGGCACUCCACACCGCCUCACCUUCGGCCUGGCGUCGUCCCUGAUGCAUUGUCCGGGCCUGUCUCCGAGGCCCUUCCUUCCUGUUCCAUCAGGCCCUGUGCAGCCCAUUUUUAAAUUCUUAAAAACCAAGCCUGACUACAGCCAUUUCGUAGUUUAGAAGCAGUGCACGGCUUGUGAAACCCCUGCCUGCAACUGGACGGGGAGUUGUCACCAUGGGGCAGGAAGCGGCCUGUGAGCGUGCCCCUCCCCCACCCGGCGGCCAAGUCCACUUCCUGUCUCUGAAGCGUUGCGUGCCGAGCAGUCCCCGACGUGGACUGCCUAGGUGCACUCUUGUGUCCUUUCUCCCCCUUUCUUUUCUUUUCUUUCUUUCAAGACAGGUUAGCCUUGAAUUUGCCCUGUUCCUCCCGCCUCAGCCUCCUGAGCACCGGGAUGACAGGAAGCCCCCGGCAGCUGGGCCCGGGCCCGGCACCCCCGGCAGCUCCAGGGCCAGAGGAAGAAGAGCACAAGGCGGGCGAGUGGUGGAGUCGCGCUACCUGCAGUACGAGAGGAGAGCGACUAAGAAGGCCCUGGGCGCAGUCCCCGUCAGAGCCAGCGGGAAGGUGGCGGAUGAUACGAGGAGAACCAGCCAGCUGCCCAAGGGUGCAGAGGGCAACCGUGUGGGCAAGGGCGACCUGCAGUCCACCCUGCUGGAGGGGCACGGCACGGCACCGCCUGACCUGGAUCUCUCGGCCAUCAACGACAAGAGCAUGGUUAGGAAGACACCACAGUUAGAUAAGACAGCGUCAUGGAAAGCCAAGUCGACCUCCUUCUCGGCCCCUCAGAGAAAGAGCCCGGAUCUGGCGGAGGUGGUGGAGAUGGUGGCUUCCCAGACGUUACUGCUGACCUUGCUGACGGUGAAGAUGGAGAACGGGCUGGCGCGGCUGGAGGAGCGGGCGGAGCGGAGCCUCCUCCUCGUGUGCCGGGAGCGCGGGCGGCUGCAGCGGGAGGCCCACGAGCGGAGGCGCGAACUGCUGCUGCGGCAGAGACGCCGGGAGCUGGCUGACGUCCUGGACGCCCAGACCGAGGCGCUGCGCCCCUUCGAGGCGGUGGCUGGGCGCUUCCAGGAGCGGUACAGGACGCUGGCCUCGGCCCUGGGCUCCACCCGGCACGAGCUGCCCCUGCGCGCCGUCCACCUGGAGCACGGCGGCUGGCAGCUCCUCGACGCCCUGCAGGCCGAGCUGACGACCACCCACCGCCUGCUGGCCGAGCUGGGCAUCGGCGCCGAGGAGGACGGCCCGCUGCUGGCCCUGCUGGCUGAGUUGAGGGAGGCGACCACGCAGAAGGACUGCGAGCUCCGGAGGAGCUUCGAGCAGGUGCUGGAGCUGUCCGCCAAGGCCAGCAAGGAGGCGGCCCUGGCCAGCCAGGAGGCCUGGGAGGAUGCACAGGGCGCUGAGGCCGCCCACCGCUGGUACUUCAGCCCCAACGGAGGCACCGCAGGGACCCUCGGGGAAACCCAGCUCUCAGCCCCGGCCCGGAGAGGCGCUCCCUGCGCACCACUGGGGAAGGCUGUGCGGUGACUGAGCACUGUACUGCUGCCCAGCGGCGAGGCUGUUCUGUCUCAAGUUUUAAAGAGGAACUCGUGUCAUGGCCUUUGUU